AUGCCAGAGGACGUUGUUCCAGGGUCCCAGCAGGGGGAACCAGUUAGUGCAGCCCCCUGCCCCAGCACCACCCCUGGGGAGGCUGUAGAUUUAGAGUGUCCCAUUUGCUACCAGGAGUACAACCAGUAUAACAAAAGCCCCCGGAUGUUGGAGUGCCUCCAUGUCUUCUGCACAGAGUGCCUGCAGAGGAUCCAGUUCAACCCCUGUGACCCCGCUGACCCCCGCGGCGGCCCACAAGCCAUUCCCUGUCCCCUCUGCCGCCAUUUAACCCCUCUGCGCACUGGGAACGCCCUCGCUUUACCCUGCAACUCCCAAAUCAUGUGCAGGCUGCCCCGCGUGACGGCCUUCCGGAUGCCGGCGACAGUUUCCACACGCGUGGCGACGGUCACCCAGAGAGUGGUGCUCUCUCUGGAGGGCGCCAACAGCAGCAGCGGAGGCGGCAGGGACAGCCGCUUCAUCGUCCUGCCCACCGUCAGCCUGCAGGUGCAGCAGAUGCACCCGGACAGGCCGUACGGAGCGGCCGCGGACCUGGUGGGCGAGGAGGGGGUCAUACAGCAGAGCCGGAGGACCCUGCUGUGCGUGCAGCUGCUGGCCGUCAUAUUCUGGGUGCUCUUUGUGAUCACCUGCGUGGUCGGCGUGGUGUUUGGACCGCACUUGUUCAACAGGAAAUUCUAAUUGGUGGGUGGGUGGGGUCACUUUGGCAGCAGAUACUCCUGACAUAAAGACAAUAUGUGAGUGAUUUCUGUUUAGACUGAUGAAGAUUUACUUAAAUACCUCAUUGUGGAUGGUUGGUGCUAUCGCUCCUUUUUUUUUCUUCUUACAUGGAUGAAGAGCUCCCUCUAGUGUCACAUGACUGUAAUAAGCUCUACACAUCUGUUCUUUGACAUAGUUGGCCGCUUUGUUAGAUGCACUUCGCAAGAAUUAUUCCUCGGAGAGUUUUGGUCUAAAUUGACUUUAUAUCAUGACAGCUGCUGCAGAUGCGUCUGAUGUUCAUCCCAAAAGUGCUUUACUGAUGAGAACACAGUAGCCAUCAGAAGAUGGGUACACUGUGUCCAUCCAGAGAUGACUAG